ACCAUGCUUUUUAAAUCAGGCGCUCUUUCAUUGGUUAUGAAGGAGCAAGCAGCCAAUACUUUAUCCUUUGCACAGCAGUGUUGCUCCAAAUCAUAAUUCUAGCCUAAGUUCAGAUGACCGUUUCAGUGUCAGUCAGAGUUCGGCGUUUCUAUAUGCAACAGGUGGAUGACACACUGUCAAAAAACGAUUAUUACGUGUCAAAUGCAAAGAAAGGAGCGAGGCUGCUGUAUAAGUCUGGCGCCUUUACUGGCACAGAUGGUGAAGGCAGGUGAAUGUGACGGCGCAACAACAGGAGUGAGUCAUACUUCAAAUAAAGACGGGACACACAGCGAUAAGCAAGCAACCGAGAUGGACGUUACACUCCUUAAGGAACAAUACCACUGCAUUAGAAAGAAACUCCGAACGCACGUUGUUUGGUUCAAAACAGCUAACAAUGAAGAAAUGAGUGGCAAGCCCCUGGUCAGUGUUGUCCCACUAAACCAGAACGUGAGAAAAGCAAAAGCCUUUGAGGUGGAGAUGCCAUUCAAAGAGAUUCGGUUUAAUUUCCCUGGCAUCCUCCAGGACUAUGAAUCCCCCUGGCACACCCACCUGGAAAUCUACCACAACACUCAAACAGAGCACCGAAACACUGGAACAGCUGAAGAGAGCGCAAAGACAAUGUACUCAGGAGAGCAGCCCAGCCCCACAGCCGACCCCUCACUAACGAAGGAUAUCUCCCUGUCAUGCCAGCAGAUGCUGGAGGAGCAAGUAGUAGAUACUUCAGAGGUAGCCAGCAAAUCAGAUGUGCCUGACCACACCAGCAACUGCUGCUUGGGUGAUUCACUGACCCACAGUCCAAGAAAGCUCUCGACUCCUGUGAUCCAGACUGGACGGCAGAGUCUAGUCGCUUAUAAGCCACCAAACAACACCAAGCUGCUCUGCUACCCUUUCCCUCAGAAGAAAUGCCCCAAGAAAUCGGAGGCUGCCCGGAGACUUGGGUUGUAUGUUACACAUUAAUCAAAUGCCCUUUGCUCUGUACACUCACUCACGUGUGGUUUUUAAGACUGAGGGGAUGUUUCCCUUUCACCAACGAUGUCCUUAAAUAAAGUAAUACAUUUAGAGCUACUCAUAAUGUACCCAAGAGCUACUAAAUUGUUGAAAACUAUUACAUCAAAUGACAUUACCAAAGUGCUUCCUCCAUUCUUGAAUUAAUUUGUGUUUUUUGAAAGGAGAAAACAUGUUCAUUUCAUAAAAUGAAAAACAGUGCUUAAGAGAACUUGAAAUAUAUCACAGGAGCUGUUUGGUUGUAGUUUUGUAAAAAUCAACGUGUGUGUGACCUUUUUAAAAAAAUAAAAAAAAAUAUUCAUUAAAGACUGGAGUAAAUGCGACCCGUCAUGUUUUCACAUGAACAUUGCUGUAACUUUCAGUCUCUUUCAAUACUGCACAUUUGAGACCUGUAUAGAGAAUGGUGUUGUACAACAUUACAAUACCCCUUGCUUUACAAAACUAAACAAUGAAUCGACUGGUGCAUUUGUAUUGCUGUCAUUUCCUCCUCACCUGCUCUAUUUGCAUAAAUCCCAGUCAGAUGACAUAGUUGCUUUUGUCAGUGUGAGCUGCUUUGGGUUUCUUACUGUAUAUUCAGCUAGCUUUAGUGUGACAGGUGUUGUAGGAGGAAGUAUGUUGGACUGAAACAGUUACCUAUUCAUGACUUACCUUCCCUGUUUGUACAGUACCUUGUCAUCUGUAUUACCAGUUGAGAGCCAGAAGCAACAAGGAAAUCAAUGAGAGCAUGUUUUUUA